AAAUUCAAUACGCCAAAACUGAUUCCGCCAUUUUUUUUAAGGUAAAACAGCUUCAAAAUGUCGAACGAGACUGAACCUCUACUGGUUAGCUCAGCAGAAGACACGGCGGCGCAACUUAUUCCACCUGCCACCGUUAGCGAGCGUGACAUGAAACUCGUAGAAGAAGCUGUUCGUUCUUUGCCGUCUCACGCCGUUAAGGACUUGCUGUCCAACGGGGUUUGCAUCAGAUGCAUUUUUCGGCUACUUGGAAUUCAAGAGCAUAUGUGUAAUAUGCUUGGAGAACCUUUGGAAGGUUAUGAAUCCAUGAAAGAUUGGUGUACAUCUAAGGAAUCAGAAGUGUGCAGUGUGUGUUUGGGAAUCUUGCAGUGUACUCACUAUGAUGAUAAAGGAGUUCUAGUGAAAAAAGAGAAUGCUCUUAACUUAUCUGCGUCAAUUGUUGAAUCGAUAAAGCAACAAGGUCAUCAGAUUGAUAGUUUUUCCCUCGAAGUCUCUAUACCAUCAAUUAUACAGGAAAAUGAAAAUAUUGUUCGAUUGUAUAUGGAAAGGAAAUACAAAUUAGAGCUAUGGUUCCCGGAAAGCCUUUCUAAAUGCAUUUCUACAAAGGAUGCUUUAAAGCUUGCAAUAGCUAAUUCUCUUGAAGAGUUGUUGGAUUUAAAAUCUGGUCCAAGUUCUUGUCGCAUUCGUUUGACUUACAGCCAAGGAAAGCCAUUAAUUGUGGCUCCAAAUUCAGUGGAGGGAGGUGAAGAUUGCAAGAGAAGAAAAACAGGCGCUGAUAUUGCUAUGGAGUCCGUUAGUAAUGGUAGUGCAAAUUCUCUCUCUGGUCUGCAAAAUUAUGAAUCUUCGGAGUGCAUGAUUUUCCCCAGUGAUAAGGUAAAUGAGCCCUGCAACUUGUUAUUUAAUUGCUACAGGACAUCUAUUUACUUUGGUGGGAGAUACUUAAAGUUCUCAAGGAAUGUUAGCCAAUCACGUUGGAUCAUUGAUGAUGAAAGAAUGGGAGAAGCAUCUGUUGAGGAGAUCAUAGGUGGCGGCAUUCUUCCAAUGUGUCAGGGUGACAGUUACAAAUUUCAUGCUGCUGGUAGAGAGGAUAUAGACGUUCGGAUGCUGGGUUCUGGUAGGCCCUUCCUGGUUGAGAUACUAAAUGCGCGCCAAGUCCCAUCAGAGACUCAUGUAAAAGAAAUAGAAUCAAAGAUAAAUAACAUAAAUGGAAAAUUGGUUGGUGUUAAGCAUCUAAAAAUGGUAUCAAAUGAGGGGUGGGCUUUGAUGCAUGAAGGGGAAGCAGAAAAGCAGAAGCAAUAUUGUGCAUUAGUAUGGAUUUCACGCCCUCUUGAGGAUCAAGACUUGCAGUUGAUUGUUUCCCAUAAGGACAUGCAAAUUUGUCAGAAAACGCCAGUGAGGGUGCUUCACCGUCGUAGUCCAUUAGAACGCGAAAAGAUCAUUCAUUGGAUGAAUGUAGAAAAGCUUACAGGGAGCUGUCAAUACUUUCUUCUGCAUCUAUGCACACAGGCUGGGACGUAUAUCAAAGAGUUCGUACAUGGGGAUCUCGGGCGCACCAACCCAAACGUUGGAUCAAUUCUAGGAUGCAGAGCUGAGAUCUUGCAGCUUGACGUCACUGAUGUCAAAAUGGAUUGCUUCCUGGCUGACUGAUGUGGCUGCCUUUUGAGACUUAUUCAAGGGUUUUCAUAGUUUAAAACUUGAACUAAAUGUUUUCACAGUAUUAUUUAAAAAUCAAAGGAGUGCGGACAAUCAACCAAAUUGAGUAA